AUGGGCAAAGAUUUGGAAAGCCAAGUGAAUAGUGAUAUUACGAAGUGUGUAUAUUUUUGUUUGCAAUUUGACGAGUCAACCGAUAUGGCUGAUACCGCCCAGUUGUGUAUUUUCAUUCGGAUGGUAUUUUCUGAUAUGUCGUGUAGAGAUUUGUUAACAAUGUUGCCUCUGAAAGAAAAAACUCGCAGAGAAGAUAUAUACAACGUUUUUAUAAAUUUUGUGAAACAAUACGAGAUACCGAUUUACAAACUAAUGUGUAUUACAACAGAUGGUGCACCAUCCAUGACUGGCGUUAACAAUGGAUUUGUUGCAUUAUGUCGAGCUAACGAUGACUUUCCAUCGUUUUUUUCAUUUCAUUGCAUCAUUCACCAGCAAGUUUUGUGCUCCAAAAUUUUAAAUAUGGACGACAUUAUGAAGAUGACAACAAAAAUUGUGAAUUCUAAAGCACAAUUGGAAGCUAGCGACUCUGUGGAACACACUGAUUUACUUCUGCAUACAGAUGUGAGGUGGUUGAGCCGUGGAAAAUUUUUAGAUAGGUUCCAGGAGUUACUUUCCGAAAUAAUUUCUUUUCUAGAGAAACGAGGGGACGACACUCAUCUACUUCAGAAUGAAAAAUAG